GCAGCAGUAUAAAAGAUCUCCAUCGCCUAGGAGCAGCAUCAGUCAUUGCUCGCUCCCAGCAGGACACACAAGCAGCAAUGAGGAUCCUGGUGUGCGUGUACCUGUGCGGUCUGGCCCUGGCAGCCCUGGCUGAGGAGAAGCAGGUGAAGGAGAAGCGAGGACUCACUGGCUCUCUGGGAGGCUACGGAGGUGGACUAAGUGGCGGCUAUGGUGGUAGCUAUGGUGGCAUCUACGGAGGCGGUUAUGGAGGCGGCUAUGGAGGUGGUUACGGAGGCGGAUUAGGAGGCGGUCUGGGAGGCGGCAUCUCAGGUGGUUUUGGUGGUGCCAUCGGAGGUGGAGCCCCUCAGGUGACUGUCAACCGAGUCCCCGUUCCUGUCCCAGUGCCUGUGGAGAAUACCAUCCCAGUUCCAGUGAGGGUCCCAGUCACAGUGCCCGUGGAGCGGCCUGUUCCUGUCCACGUACCGCAGCCGUACCCUGUCCCUGUAGACAACCCUGUGCCCGUCCCCGUCAAGGUCCCCACCCCAGUGUCCGUCCCAGUACCUCAGCCCUACGUCGUUAAGCGUCCAGUGCCCUACGUCGUCAGCGCCGGCCAUGGAGGUCUCGGCGGAGGUCUCGGCGGAGGCCUCGGAGGAGGCCUGGGCGGUGGUCUCGGAGGAGGCCUCGGAGGCAAAUUCGGUGGAGGCUACGGCGGCGGCUUCGGCGGAGGCUACGGCGGUGGCUUUGGAGGACUCGGGGGCUACGGAAAAUAUGGCCACUAAAACCUAAGGCUGAACCCAACACCUUGACCUGUACACGCUACCAGGACGUGUCCUGCAAAUGGAAAUAAACUCAUUCAAAUAAUA